AUGGGCACCACCAGCAGCAGCAGCAACAGCAGCAGCAGCAGCAGCGGCCAAGGGCACCAGCAGGAACAGGAAGGAGAACAUGAACACCAACAGCCAGAGUCCAGCCACAGGCAGCAGGGGGUCCAGUGGGAGCACGACCGGCAGCUCGCCAUGAACAGGAGAGAGGAGACCCAUGGAAGGUCUGGAGCCAGUGCCAGAGAGGGUCCGGGGCCCCAGAGGGAGGCUGCCAGGGACAGCUCUGAGCACGCCCAGUCCAGAAGGAGCGAGACCGCCAGCCGUGGACCCUCAGGACACUCCGCUGGGAGAGCCCACGAAGACCGCCACGAGCAGGCAACAGACCGCUCUGCCCGCUCCGGGUCCAGGCGAGGCCAGGCCGGCUCCCACAGUGAGAGCGAGGCCUCCCGUGGUCAGGCCGGCCGCAGAGGCACUGCAGCCACCAGGCACGCAUCUCGCCCCGAACAGUCUCCAGACGCUGCUGGCCGGACCGGAUCCAUCCGUGGACAGCAGUCCGCCCAACGAAAUGCUGACUCAGCCCCGGGCAGCACAAGAACGGGCUCAGACGAAGAGGAGAGUCCCAGCUGGCCAGCAGUCCCCGACAGAGCCAGGCACGAAUCCAGGAGGGGUAGAACCCGCGGGCCAAGCGCCAGCCAGUCCAGUGACAGCGAAGGCCAUUCUGGAGCCCAUGCCGGGGCGGGCAAGGGCAGACUCAGCCCAGCUCACAGGAGGGCAGGCUCCAGCUCAGGGAGCCAGCGGGCCUCUGCUGCUGGCCAAGCAGCUGACACCUCCAGUCGCUCAGGGGCCAGUCAAGGCCAGGCAUCAGGCCAGGGUCGUGCAGGGUCCCGACCCAGGGAAGCUCAGGGCACCACUCGUCAUGGGCAGUCCACAGACAGCCACAGGCACUCUGGGGCCGGGCAAGCACAAGCCCACACAGCCACAAGCACUGACAGCAGGAGGCCUCGCGGGUCCAGCGAGAGUCAGGCCAGCGACAGCGAGGGCCACUCGGACUACUCAGAAGGACACGCACAGGGAGCCCACGGUGGGAUCCAAACAAGCCAGAGGCACGAGCAGCGACCCUCCCGAGGCCAGCAGGGCUCCGGACACCCCCAGGUGUACUACUAUGGUGUAGAGGAAACCGAGGACGAGUCCGAUUCCCAGCAUGGGCACCACCAGCAGCAGCAGCAACAGCAGCAGCAGCAGCAGCACCAGCAGGAACAGGAAGGAGAACGUGAACACCAACAGCCAGAGUCCAGCCACAGGCAGCAGGGGUCCAGUGGGAGACGCACUGGCAGCUCAUGCCAUGAACAGGAGAGUGACAGCGCCACAAGGGGCUCUCACCAGGCGCACAGCUUUCCCACCCAGGAGGAGAUCCCACCCGGAAGGUCUGGAGCCAGUGCCAGAGAGGGUCCGGGGACCCAGAGGGAGGCUGCCAGGGACAGCUCUGAGCACGCCCAGUCCAGAAGGAGCGAGACCGCCAGCCGUGGACCCUCAGGACACUCCGCUGGGAGAGCCCACGAAGACCGCCACGAGCAGGCAACAGACCGCUCUGCCGGCUCCGGGUCCAGGCGAGGGCCAGGCCGGCUCCACAGUGAGAGCGAGGCCUCCCCGUGGAGGCCCGGCCGCAGAGGCACUGCAGCCACCAGGCACGCAUCUCGCCCCGAACAGUCUCCAGACGCUGCUGGCCGGACCGGAUCCAUCCGUGGACAGCAGUCCGCCCAACGACAUGCUGACUCAGCCCCGGGCAGCACAAGAACGGGCUCCAGACGAAGAGGAGAGUCCCCAGCUGGCCAGCAGUCCCCCGACAGAGCCAGGCACACCGAAUCCAGGAGGGGUAGAACCCGCGAGGCCAGCGCCAGCCAGUCCAGUGACAGCGAAGGCCAUUCUGGAGCCCAUGCCGGGAGCGGGCAAGGGCAGACCUCAGCCGCUCACAGGAGGGCAGGCUCCAGCUCAGGGAGCCAGCGGGCCUCUGCUGCUGGCCAAGCAGCUGACACCUCCAGUCGCUCAGGGGCCAGUCAAGGCCAGGCAUCAGGCCAGGGUCGUGCAGGGUCCCGACCCAGGGAAGCUCAGGGCACCACUCGUCAUGGGCAGUCCACAGACAGCCACAGGCACUCUGGGGCCGGGCAAGCACAAGCCCACACAGCCACAAGCACUGACAGCAGGAGGCCUCGCGGGUCCAGCGAGAGUCAGGCCAGCGACAGCGAGGGCCACUCGGACUACUCAGAAGGACACGCACAGGGAGCCCACGGUGGGAUCCAAACAAGCCAGAGGCACGAGCAGCGACCCUCCCGAGGCCAGCAGGGCUCCGGACACCCCCAGGUGUACUACUAUGGUGUAGAGGAAACCGAGGACGAGUCCGAUUCCCAGCAUGGGCACCACCAGCAGCAGCAGCAACAGCAGCAGCAGCAGCGGCGGCGGCGGCACCAGCAGGAACAGGAAGGAGAACAUGAACACCAACAGCCAGAGUCCAGCCACAGGCAGCAGGGGUCCAGUGGGAGCACGCACCGGGCAGCUCGCCAUGAACAGGAGAGUGACAGCGCCAGGCAAAGGGGCUCUCACCAGGCGCACAGCUCCGCUCGCACCCAGGAGGAGACCCCACGCGGAAGGUCUGGAGCCAGUGCCAGAGAGGGUCCGGGGCCCCAGAGGGAGGCUGCCAGGGACAGCUCUGAGCACGCCCAGUCCAGAAGGAGCGAGACCGCCAGCCGUGGACCCUCAGGACACUCCGCUGGGAGAGCCCACGAAGACCGCCACGAGCAGGCAACAGACCGCUCUGCCCGCUCCGGGUCCAGGCGAGGCCAGGCCGGCUCCCACAGUGAGAGCGAGGCCUCCCGUGGUCAGGCCGGCCGCAGAGGCACUGCAGCCACCAGGCACGCAUCUCGCCCCGAACAGUCUCCAGACGCUGCUGGCCGGACCGGAUCCAUCCGUGGACAGCAGUCCGCCCAACGACAUGCUGACUCAGCCCCGGGCAGCACAAGAACGGGCUCCAGACGAAGAGGAGAGUCCCCAGCUGGCCAGCAGUCCCCCGACAGAGCCAGGCACACCGAAUCCAGGAGGGGUAGAACUCGCCAGGCCAGCGCCAGCCAGUCCAGUGACAGCGAAGGCCAUUCUGGAGCCCAUGCCGGGAGCGGGCAAGGGCAGACCUCAGCCGCUCACAGGAGGGCAGGCUCCAGCUCAGGGAGCCAGCGGGCCUCUGCUGCUGGCCAAGCAGCUGACACCUCCAGUCGCUCAGGGGCCAGUCAAGGCCAGGCAUCAGGCCAGGGUCGUGCAGGGUCCCGACCCAGGGAAGCUCAGGGCACCACUCGUCAUGGGCAGUCCACAGACAGCCACAGGCACUCUGGGGCCGGGCAAGCACAAGCCCACACAGCCACAAGCACUGACAGCAGGAGGCCUCGCGGGUCCAGCGAGAGUCAGGCCAGCGACAGCGAGGGCCACUCGGACUACUCAGAAGGACACGCACAGGGAGCCCACGGUGGGAUCCAAACAAGCCAGAGGCACGAGCAGCGACCCUCCCGAGGCCAGCAGGGCUCCGGACACCCCCAGGUGUACUACUAUGGUGUAGAGGAAACCGAGGACGAGUCCGAUUCCCAGCAUGGGCACCAGCAGCAGCAGCAACAGCAACAGCAACAGCAGCAGCAGCGGCGGCGGCACCAGCAGGAACAGGAAGGAGAACAUGAACACCAACAGCCAGAGUCCAGCCACAGGCAGCAGGGGUCCAGUGGGAGAACGCACCGGGCAGCUCGCCAUGAACAGGAGAGUGACAGCAUCAGGCAAAGGGGCUCUCACCAGGCGCACAGCUCCGCUCGCACCCAGGAGGAGAUCCCACGCGGAAGGUCUGGAGCCAGUGCCAGAGAGGGUCCGGGGACCCAGAGGGAGGCUGCCAGGGACAGCUCUGAGCACGCCCAGUCCAGAAGGAGCGAGAUCGCCAGCCGUGGACCCUCAGGACACUCCGCUGGGAGAGCCCACGAAGACCGCCACGAGCAGGCAACAGACCGCUCUGCCCGCUCCGGGUCCAGGCGAGGCCAGGCCGGCUCCCACAGUGAGAGCGAGGCCUCCCGUGGUCAGGCCGGCCGCAGAGGCACUGCAGCCACCAGGCACGCAUCUCGCCCCGAACAGUCUCCAGACGCUGCUGGCCGGACCGGAUCCAUCCGUGGACAGCAGUCCGCCCAACGACAUGCUGACUCAGCCCCGGGCAGCACAAGAACGGGCUCCAGACGAAGAGGAGAGUCCCCAGCUGGCCAGCAGUCCCCCGACAGAGCCAGGCACACCGAAUCCAGGAGGGGUAGAAAGCAGGCCAGCGCCAGCCAGUCCAGUGACAGCGAAAGCCAUUCUGGAGCCCAUGCCGGGGCGGCAAGGGCAGACCUCACUCACAGGAGGGCAGGCUCCAGCUCAGGGAGCCAGCGGGCCUCUGCUGCUGGCCAAGCAGCUGACACCUCCAGUCGCUCAGGGGCCAGUCAAGGCCAGGCAUCAGGCCAGGGUCGUGCAGGGUCCCGACCCAGGGAAGCUCAGGGCACCACUCGUCAUGGGCAGUCCACAGACAGCCACAGGCACUCUGGGGCCGGGCAAGCACAAGCCCACACAGCCACAAGCACUGACAGCAGGAGGCCUCGCGGGUCCAGCGAGAGUCAGGCCAGCGACAGCGAGGGCCACUCGGACUACUCAGAAGGACACGCACAGGGAGCCCACGGUGGGAUCCAAACAAGCCAGAGGCACGAGCAGCGACCCUCCCGAGGCCAGCAGGGCUCCGGACACCCCCAGGUGUACUACUAUGGUGUAGAGGAAACCGAGGACGAGUCCGAUUCCCAGCAUGGGCACCACCAGCAGCAGCAGCAACAGCAGCAGCAGCAGCAGCGGCGGCGGCACCAGCAGGAACAGGAAGGAGAACAUGAACACCAACAGCCAGAGUCCAGCCACAGGCAGCAGGGGUCCAGUGGGAGCACGCACCGGGCAGCUCGCCAUGAACAGGAGAGUGACAGCGCCAGGCAAAGGGGCUCUCACCAGGCGCACAGCUCCGCUCCCACCCAGGAGGAGACCCCACGCGGAAGGUCUGGAGCCAGUGCCAGAGAGGGUCCGGGGACCCAGAGGGAGGCUGCCAGGGACAGCUCUGAGCACGCCCAGUCCAGAAGGAGCGAGACCGCCAGCCGUGGACCCACAGGAUACUCCGCUGGGAGAGCCCACGAAGACCGCCAGGAGCAGGCAACAGACCGCUCUGCCCGCUCCGGGUCCAGGCGAGGCCAGGCCGGCUCCCACAGUGAGAGCGAGGCCUCCCGUGGUCAGGCCGGCCGCAGAGGCACUGCAGCCACCAGGCACGCAUCUCGCCCCGAACAGUCUCCAGACGCUGCUGGCGGACCCGGAUCCAUCCGUGGACAGCAGUCCAAGACAUGCUGA